AUGAUAACAAGAUUGACCUCCUUGACAAAUGAGUUGACAUCCUUGAAAAAUGUUAUAUCCGCUGAGGAACAGUUAGAAAAGAACCCAUCUUCUGGUACAGUUGAUAUCGCCUUUAGGAAGUCCGAAAACAAGUACGGGAGAUGGCUUGCUUGGGCUAUAAACCCAACAUCUACAGGGAUGAUUGGCUCGCAAGCUUUUGUUGCAUUGCAGCGUUCUGAUGGACCAUUACAAGAUGAUGAUACACCAGGAAGUCAUGGCAUGUCAGGAGAUAACAUGAAAUCUUUUGGGACUUUAGAUUUCCAUUCUGGAAAAACAACUGAUCCUAUAAAACCAAAUUUAAGGUCUGAGGUAAAGAUAGCACAUGGGAUUAUCAAUGGGGUUAGUUGGGGAAUGAUGAUGCCACUAGGUGUUGUUCUUGCUAGAUUGAGGUAUCUACCAUUACCACAGCUGCUAGCUUUGUGGUUCUAUCUACACAUAUAUUGUCAGAGUAUAGCUUAUGUUCUUGGUAUUGUUGGAGGAGGUUUGGGAUUUUAUCUCAGGAAACAAUCUCCUGGGGGAGUUAAACACACUUGUCAUAGAUAUAUUGGUUCUGCACUUUUAGUCCUUGCAACGUUACAAUUCUUAGCUCAUUGUCUACGGCUGAAAAAGGAACACAUACACAGGGUGUAUUGGAAUAUCUACCAUUGGUGCACUGGUUAUGGUACUAUCCUAUUGGCAAUUGGCAAUUGUUUCAAAGGUUUCCAACUGAUGGAUGAGGGGAUGUGGAAGAGGGUUUACAUUGCUUUUCUUGCUUCCUUGGCCUUUGUUGCUUUUGGUCUUGAAGUUUUGAGAUGGUACCUGAUGAGGGCCACAAAAGAAACAAGUUCUGCAAAUGGUGAUAUAGAAGAUAAGGCGUAG